AUGAACAACAGCAAGAUAUCCAGUGAUCAUCCCAUGGAUCAUAGCAAAAACGGGUUGAUUUUCGCUGUCACUUUUCCUCUUAGUGUUCUCCUGAUAUCUCUAAUCUUAACCGUUGCUUCCUAUCUCUGCACCCGCUUCUGCCUCCCCCACAGCAACAACAGUAAUCCCCCACAAAAUGCGGCUGACCAAAACUUUGUGGCCAUUGAAUUAGGCCUCGAUGAAGCAACUCUGCACAGCUUCCCGAAGCUGUUCUACUCCCAAUACAAUCUGCAGAAAACAAGCUCGGCUACUUCUUGCUGCUCCAUUUGCUUGGCGGAUUAUAGACAAACUGAUGUGCUGCAGCUGCUGCCGGAUUGCGGCCAUCUCUUCCAUCUGAAGUGCGUCAACCCUUGGUUGAGGCUGCACCCUUCUUGUCCGCUUUGCCGGAAGUCGCUGGUUCCGGCUCUGGCUCCGGUUCCGGCGGUGUCUCCUCUUGUUGAUCAGAUGCCUCCCUUGGUAAUACGGCAAGAGUGA